UUUACCCCUUUCGGUUCUUCUUCUACAAGUGUACAUAUUCCCGCGGCGUCACCUCGUCGACGUCCGUACAUACAUCUGCAUAGCCAGAGCUCGGACCUGUCCUUACAGUUCUCACAUCAUCAUCAACGUCAUCGUCAUCAUCGUUGUCGUUGUCGUUAUCGUUAUCGUUACCCACCCACCAUCAUCAUCAGCAAACGAGAAUGUUCGCCAAACUCCUAGCUUCCGCGCUAGCCGCAGCGGCGGCCGUGUCGGCCGAGCCGGCGCCGGGCUACAGCGGGUGGACGAACGUGUGGGCGGAGACGUUCGACGGCGCGGCGGGCGCGUCGGUCAACACGGGGAACUGGAACAUCAUCACGGGCCUGCAGGUCAACGACGAGGUGCAGACGUACACGACGUCGAACCAGAACCUGCAGCUGAGCGGCGGCGCGACCGUGCAGAUCGUGCCGCGCAAGGACGCCAGCACGGGCGCCUGGACCUCCGCCCGCAUCGAGAGCACGUACACCUUCGCCCCCGUCGCCGGCUCCCAGACCAUGGCCGAGGCCAUGAUCCGCUUCGGCACCAACCCGCAGGCCAACAAGCAGGGCAUCUGGCCCGCCUUCUGGAUGCUGGGCGCUAGCAUCCGCAGCGGCACCGCGUGGCCCGAGUGCGGCGAGAUCGACGUCAUGGAGACCGUCAACGGCAUCUUGACGGGCCACGGGACCAUCCACUGCGAUGUGUACCCGAACGGCGCGUGCGAUGAGCCGAAUGGCAUCGGGGGACCUGUUACCUUGCCCGACGACAGCUGGCAUACGUGGCGCGCGGUGUGGGACCGCAGGGCGAGCGUCUGGACGGGCGAGACGCUGACUUGGUAUUUGGAUGGCAAUCAGUUCUUCCAGGUGUCCGGGUCGACGGUCGGCAGCCAGAGCGUGUGGAAUACGUUGGCGGCGGACCCGGUGUAUUUUAUCUUGAAUGUGGCUGUUGGCGGUGAUUGGCCCGGUCCACCCAACGACUCCACCCUAGACGGCUACGGGAGCAUGAUGGAGGUCGCGUAUGUCGCGCAGUACGUCGCCUCGUGAUGAGUCUGUCUAUCGUCACCACACCAACUAUCACUAUUACUACUCUCACCAUCACUUUCACCACCACUAUCGCUUAAACCUACCGAGAUCGACGCAUGGGAGGGAGUAUCGCGUGUCGGAGUUUUUUUCAUGAGAAAUCUUUUCACGGUUUGGGAAACAGGUACCUUCUUGCAUUUUGCAUUUUGCAUUCUUCGUCCUUCGCUGCUAAGCGCGAGCAUGAGCAUACCCCUAUAUCUGCUGCUUUGGUUUUUUUUUUGGAAUUCUUGCACAUAG